AUGCAGCCACGGCUCUGUCUCCUCCUGGCCGCACAGCUCGCCGCUGUCCAUGGCAGCACAACCCUGCAGCAGACCCCUGAGGCCAUCGUGGUUCGGACAAAUGGAACCGUGAUGCUGUACUGCACCUGCCCUAGAGAGACUGUCUACUGGCUGCGACAGCGCCGGGUCCUGAGCAAGGACAGUGACCUCGAGUUCCUGGCCUCAUGGCAUCUUGAGAAAGGGAUUACACUUGGCGAGGGGGUAGAAAAGGAGAAGCUGACUGUGUCUCGAGAGACAACCCGGUCUGUUCUCAGUCUCACAAGCGUGGAGCCUGCAGACACUGGCGUCUACUUCUGCAUGACCGUCGGGUCUCCCACACUCACCUUCGGGAAGGGAACUCAGCUGAGAGUGGUUCACAUGUUUCCCACCACUGCCCAGCCCACCAAGAAGUCCACCCCCAAGAAGAGAGUGUGCCGGCUCCCCAACCCCGUGACCCAGAAGGGCUUACCCUGUGGCCCCCUCAUCCUCGGCCUGCUGGUGGCCGGCGUCCUGGUUCUGCUGUUGUCCUUGGGUGUGGCCCUCCACCGGCACUGCCUGCAGAGGAGAGCGCGGCUGCACUUCAUGAAACAGAAGUGGGCAACUUGUUUUCACAACGUGAUCCCCGGCCCCCUGUGGGCUGCAGCACUGAUCCGAAUCUACACCCAGUCAAAGGGAAAGACAGAACGGCCCUGGCUGCCCUCGCAGGUGCGCCUCCAGGCUGGGGACAGAGGUCUCCUCUGCCGCCUCUCGGGAAACCUCCUGGCUGCGUCACUGACGCUCCCUGGGGGCCUGAGUCACAUCGAUGACACAAGCGAAAGGAAGCCCAGUCCCCCAGCCCCACGUGUUCGGGAGUCACAGAGACAUGCGUGA